CGCUAGUUAGAAGUAAAUAAUUGGUUAAUUUCAUUUGAUCAUCAUUAAUCCUGCAUCCUGCUGUACGUGUAAAUAUUUAUUGUUUCAAGUUUGAGUUCAAACGAAUUAAACUCAAGAAAAUUAUGUACACCGUGUCAUGUAUUGCAUUAAAGUAGUGUUUGUUUCACACCAAGAGAAGGAGAUACAACACAAGUCUCUCUCUUCAAGGUACGCCCCUGACAAACACUAAACAUAAUCUGAAGUUGGAAGAUCGUGUUGAUAACUAGAAUUGAGUCACGGUUUUAAACCACAAUCCGGUAACGACUGUUAAACAAAGUUGUAGGUCUAAUGAGCUUGUCAUCACCCUAAUCAAGUGUUGUAUCAAGCUUUGUCUGCCUCUCUUACAUACUUAAAAGUCUACUCCAGUAUUUCUUAAACUGUGUUCCGCAGAACCCUAGUGUUCCGAGGCCUGAAUAGGUAUUCCACGAACUACUUGACUAAUUAAGUACUAGGCCAAAACAAAUUAAUUUCUCUAAAAAUAAAAAAAGCAAAGUGUUCCGUUAAAUACUCAGGAUGUGCAAAGUGUUCCGUUAAGGAAAUCGUUUGGGAACCACUGGUGUACUCUUACAGUACAGUGUAUUACGUAUAGUGUACAAGUUGUUAUGGAUCAGCAGAAAUUAGCUAAGAUUGUUUUGUAAUAAAAUAUAUGCAUUUUCAACACGAGAUGGUCUCUGUCGAAUUGUUUAUAUUUUCUGUAGUAUGGGCUUUCUUUCUGCCUGCCUUGGAGGCGUGUGGAAAAGGUUGGUUUGGAGAGGCAUGUCAGUUUAAAUGUCAUUGCCAGUCAGACUGUGACAAGGAAGGACUGUGUAUAGGAAAUAAUCCAAGAUGUGAAAACUUAUGGUUUGGAACUAGAUGCCAAUAUCAGGAUUUGUCCACUAUUAGUGGAGCUACUAUGACUACCAAUGUCAAUCAAAACACGCAAUGGCUGACAGACAGAAAUACCCAAACCUGCAACAAUGACACAAACUUACAAUCAGUUACGAUAGUUUGGAACACGGAGUAUUGGUUCACAUGGAUGAGAAUUGUACUAAAAUCCUCUGCACACUUGAAGUCAAUAGAUGUUCAAUUUAACCAGCACUCUACAAGCCAGAUGUUGAACUGUAAAAAGUUUCUUUUGAGCACCUCAAGUCCAACAUUAGAGAUUCACUGCACUUUAGAGUUCCUUGUAAGACAGAUAACUAUAACAGCGGCGGCAGAUCUGUGCGACAUUUACAUAAGUGGAGGUGUAAACUUCGCAUUGAGACAAAUGGUUCGCCAAUCGUCUAGCUAUGAAGGUUCCUAUUCAAAUUUUGCACUACAUGCAGUUGACGGUGACUUGAAAACGUUUUCACAUACAGAACACGAACCCAGACCAUAUUUGUUCCUGACAUUACCAAAGCCACGGCUUGUCAAUCGUAUUGUUCUUUAUAAUCGAAUGUUUGAUGCCUGUUUUACCAUAAGUGCUGUCUCUUGA